AUGCGCGAUGCUAGCAACUCCAAUGUUCUCGCUGGCGAGAUGAAGCACAAGGGCAUGAAGCAGCAGAUCGAGCUCACUAAUCAUCAGAAUGCAGAGCGUGAUCUUCUAAUGCGCCAGAGCCUCGAGAUGACUGUUCGACUGCUAUUGCAGAACGGCUAUGUCAACGACCAGCCGGAGUUGACAGCACAGAUGAAGGGUCUCUUCGAGAACAACCCCCAGCUGUUCGAUAGCGUGCUUCCUCGAUCCGAGCAGUCUCGCGACGAUGACCGCUCUGUGCUUGACGGCAUCGACUCGAUUCUCUCGGACAGUGACCACCUUAUUGUCAAUACUGGCGAGCGACUUCUCCAGUAUCACUGCCACGAGUUCAUCGGCCUCCCAAUUAAGAACAAUGCAAUGAAGCCAGACUUCCGCCAGUCGCUGCAAGCUGCAUAUAACUACGACUACAAUCGCCAGAAUUGCACUCCGUCGAAUCCUGACAACAUCUAUUGGUUCAAGCGCUUUGGCUACGAUGAUAAGCCAACUCAACGCCGUGCAGUCUAUCGUCGUGGCGACUUUGUGCGCUAUCGUGGUAUCAACAUUGGCCGUAUUGAUCAGAUUUUUACUCACCGCACAGCCAAGGGUUUAUCGCUGUCCAUGCGAGUUACUCCAGCGCAGACCGACAACACGCCUAAGGGCAAAGACCCUAUGCUGCAGCUGCCUGUCUACAAGAUGACCAACAAGCAGAUUACCGUUGGAGUUAACGCUAUCGUUGGCAGCGAGAUCUGGAUGUUGCCAGUUACAGGUGGCAGCGGCCUUGACAUGACCAUGGGCAAAGAAGCUGUCAAACUUAAGAGCGGCGAGCGCUCUGGCUCUGAUUAUCGCCUCGUCCAUCAUUCCAAAAUAGCAGCUCCGCUCUCAGGCUUUUCAUUUAAGGCUCUCAACUCCGGCACCGCAGCAGUCUCUUCUUUCGUUCAUCCACUCGACGCUCUCGCAUGUGCAACGCUUCUUCUACACGCGAAGUUCUCGCAUAUGCAUGCAGCGCAUCGACUUCGAAUGGCGGCUUCUGCGAACGGCGGCUUCUGCGAAUGGUGGCUUCUGCGAAAGGUGGCCCCUGCGAGCGGCGACUUCGAGCAACGAGUGCAGCGACUGUAA